AAUACUACUCAACUGUUAUUGGAUUUCUCUUUCUCUAUCCUUCCCAAUUCACAGCAUGAUGUAUCUCAGACCCUGCUCAAAGCAACCCUGGACAGUGUGGUGGAGGAAUGUGUCAGCUUCGUAGGAGUUGACAUUAACAUCUGCUCAGAAACAUUACUAAGACAUAUUGCAGGACUGAAUGCUAACAGAGCUAAAAACAUCAUUGAAUGGCGAGAGAAAAAUGGACCAUUUGUCAAUCGGGAACAGCUUAAAGAUGUCAAAGGACUGGGGCCAAAAUCCUUUCAACAAUGUGCUGGCUUUAUCAGGAUCAACCAGGAAUAUAUCAGAACAUUCUGCAGUCAACAGAGUGAGCUUGCAGCUGGGGGCCAUAAAGUAGCUACAAAUGAGAAACAGUGUAAAAAGAAAACCAAAGCUGGAGCAAAUGUCAUUCAGCAGCCAAAUCCUUUGGAUCAAACAUGCAUCCACCCUGAAUCAUAUAAUAUUGCAAUGAGGUUUUUAGCACUUAUUGGAGAAAGUCACUGCAAUAUAGGAAAGUCAGAAAUGCAGCAAAAAGUGAACGCAAUAAUCGAAAGAGAAGGGAUGGAUGGAAUAACAAAAAGAUUGAAUACAGCAGAACAAACGCUGCAAAUAAUCAUUGAUGGGUUGACUCAACCAGAAAGUUUUGACAUUCGUAAAGAUUUUGAUCAACCUGAUUUCAAAAAGAGCAUUGUUUGUCCUGAAGAUUUAAGAGUUGGAACUAUUCUCACAGGAAGAGUUGAAAAUGCUACUCUCUUUGGAGUUUUUGUUGACAUUGGAGUUGGUAGAGCAGGACUAAUUCCAAUUCGUAGCAUAACAGAAGACAAACUUUCAAAAGCAAAGAAAAGAAGAAGUCUCGGUCUUGGUCCAGGAGAAAAAGUUGAAGUCAAAGUGCGUGAAAUUGACCUUCCACGUUCCAGAAUAUCUUUAGACUUGAUACGUGUAUUGUGAGCAAUUUGUGGACAUUUUUCAUAGUAAGGGCUACUAUUUCAACCAUGAUGAAAAGAAUGUAGUGGAAAAAUGAGGACUGACUUAGAAUCUUCAUUCAUAUUACAGUUAAAAGAGCAUGUUGGGCUAUUGAGAAAUUCAGAACCUGACUAAAAAACAUACACCUUCCAGUUGUAUGAAUGACUGUAUCAUUUAUGGUGCAAAGGAUGUCAACUUGGCUAUAGCUAUUUGUGCAACUGUGAUGGUUCUUUACAACAGUUGUGGAAAUCACUUGUUUCUUACAUCCAGCAUUUGGCUUCCAUGAAAUUCACUAAAAGAUAGAAUACUUUCAUAAGCAGUAGUGAAACAUGUAUGUGGGUUAGUAAGUGCCUGAACCAAAUCAUCAUUGCCCAAGCAAAGAAAAAGUGAUUGAAUCCAGCUAGUCAAAAUUCUCCAAUCAGGUUUUAACCUACAACAUUUUUAAUAAGAGCCUUCUUAAUUUCUAGGUGUUUCUUGUAACUCCAGUUUCCAUAGUUGUAUAUUUCAAAUAUAAUUAAAAAAUAAGUAAAAAAAUAUUAUGCUCAGAUGUUUAAGUGGGUAUUAUGGAACAUUGUAUUUCUAGGAACUGUUCAGCAGAUUCCAUGUAUUGCAGUUGACAGUUUGGUUAUGAUAGCUCAUGUCUCUGACCAUUUUCCCUUCCUCAAUCUUCCAUUCCCAUUAAUAUUGAAAAGUAAUCUUAGAAGAGAUCCUUGAGCUGAAAUCUCUCUAUGGUAAACUUGUGUCUGGGCUAUAUAAAACAUUCCCUGCAUAUAUGUAUGUCUGAAAGAAAGUUUUUAAUUUCCUUGCGCUUUUGGUAGCAGCUUAAUUUUCUGUGAGGAAGGAUUUUGUCUGCAUGAAGGACCAUUCAGCAACAUUAUUCUAUUACCAUAAUGUGUACAAUACAGGCCUGACCCAGUUUUUUUUUUUUAUAUAAAAUUGUUUAAAUUUCAAUGGUAACUUGAGCAAUUGACUCCAACACUUACUUUAUGUGUAAAAUUUUAUUUGCUUCCAUGUAACUAUUGGCCUUUUUUGUUAUAGAUAGAAUCUGCCUUUUGCAGGCUGAGUAGUAAUGGCUCUAUGGAUCUGUUCCUAAGAUAUUUCUUUAAAAGGUUUUAGCUUAUGCUUUUUUUUUUUGCUAGCUGAUUCUUUUUAAAAAGGAACAGUAGUAAUGGGAAUCAAGUUUGUUUAGAUCGAAAACUACAGCUAGUAUUAUACUAUAUUAACCUGGAAAAACAUUGUUAAUAGCAGGUGCAGAAUUUUUUUAUAUGUCUUGAGUUACAAGAUACAAUGUAGUCUUGAUAAACAACAUUUUCAUUAAGAGAAAAACCUUCCAAUGGUUUCUUGAAAAACAUGUUUAUUAAAAAAAAUCUUUGCCUGAG